AUGUCCGACGACGUACAGGCUGUCAUCGACGCCCUGCGCGCGUCCUACGCCCAAGACGCGUCCCAGCGCGCGCGCGCCGAGGAGUUUCUCGCCACCAGAUCGCGCGCGGAUGGUUUCUCCCUCAUCGCCCUCGAGCUCGCCGUGCGCGAUGGUCUGGACGAUGCCACGCGGCAGGCCGCGGCGGUGGCGUUUAAGAACGCGGUGAAGAGACACUGGGACCCGAUCGAACCCGAGGAAGUGGGCGCGGUGGGGGAGCGAGAGACGAGCGCGGAGGAGAAGCGCAGAGUGCGAGAGAGCGUCGUGGGGUUGAUGCUGCGCGCGCCGCGAUUGGUGGCGGCGCAAUUGAGUGAGGCGUUGAGUUUAGUGUGUGCGUGCGAUUUUCCGGAGCGAUGGGAGGGAUUGUUGCCGGAGUUGGUGCAGAGGCUGGGGACGCCAGGGGCGAGGAACUACGCCGAGGCGGCGGGCGUGCUCACGACGGCGAACGCGAUAUUCAAGCGGUACCGUGGGGCGGUGAAGUCGCAGGAGCUAUACAGGGAGCUCAAGUACGUGCUUGAUACGUUCACUAAACCGCUCCUCGAACUGACGUUGGAGGUGAGCGCGGCGCUCGAGGCGGGGGUGCACGGGAACGUGGAGCACACUCGUCAGUUGUUGCAGUGCAUGCGGUUGAUCUGCCGGAUCUUCUAUAGUUUGAAUAGCCAGGAGUUGCCCGAAGUCUUCGAAGAUGCGAUGGCGGAGUGGAUGGGAACGUUCCACAAGUUGUUGGUGUACGUUGCGCCGGCGGAGCUCGCGAGCAAGGACGCCGAAAAGGCGAGCGAGGCCGAUGAAGUCAAGGCUGCGGUCUGCGAUAACAUCAAUCUCUACAUCGAAAAAAGUGAAGAAGAGUUUGCGCCUUACCUGCAAACUUUCGUUCAGGACGUUUGGACGCUUCUCAUGGCGACGGACCAGGCGACGAACCGUGACCACUUAGUCACGUCCGGGGUGAAGUUUCUCACCGCCGUAGCGAGUAGCGUGCAUCACAAGCUGUUCGAGUCCCCGGACACGCUGCGACAGAUUUGCGAAAACAUCAUUAUUCCAAAUCUGCAGUUCAGGGACGACGAUGAGGAGCUUUUCAACGAUAACUACGUGGAGUACAUUCGUAGGGACCUUGAAGGGAGCGAUGCCGAUACCCGUCGCCGAGGCUCUUGCGAGUUAGUCAAGGCACUCACGGCGAAGUUUCCUCAGCACGUCACGGGUGCCAUCACUGGGUACGUCACGUCUCUCCUCGGGCAGUACGUCACGGAUCCGAAUAAGUUUUGGAAGGCAAAGGAUGCCGCAAUUUAUUUGGUCAUGGCGCUCACCAUUCGCGCAAAGUCUCUCGUCAAGGGGGCGACCGAGACGAACGACCUGGUUAACAUCGUGGACUUUUUCAACCAACACAUUGCACCGGAGCUCGCGGCGGCGAAGGGUGGUUCGCACCCCGUCGUUCGAGCGGAUGCGCUCAAGUUUUUGACAAUGUUCCGACAACAGCUCCCGAAGUCGCUGGUAGCGCCACUGUUACCAUCGCUCGUGCAAUUGCUCGCGGUCGAAGAAAAUGUCGUGCACUCGUACGCGGCGAACUGUGUUGAGCGCUUGCUCACAGUUCGAGACGGACCGGGCGCGUUCCGGUACACUUCGGCGGAUCUGGCUCCGUUCAUUCAACAACUGUACACGAACAUGUUCCAGGCGUUCAACGUUCCCGAUAGCGCCGAAAACGAGUAUGUCAUGAAGUGCGUGAUGCGCAUCAUUGCUUUCAGCGGCGCGGAUGUCAAGCCGGUGGCGACGAUUUGCUUGCAGCAGUUAAGCACCAUGCUCCUCGAGUUGUGCAAGAAUCCUAGAAACCCGACGUUUGCUCACUACUUGUUUGAGUCGGUGGCUUCACUGGUGAAAAACGUCAGCGGCGACGCCGCUCUAAUGGUGCAGUUCGAGCAGCUCCUAUUCCCGGCGUUUCAGCACGUAUUGACAGCGGACGUCGUCGAGUUCACUCCGUACGUGUUCCAACUCCUGGCGCAGAUGAUAGAGAGUUAUCCGCCGGGUGUGACGAUGCCGGAUUCUUACAUGGCCAUCUUCCCCGCUUUGUUGACGCCCCUCAUGUGGGAUCGAAGAGCGAACGUCACACCGCUCGUGAGAUUGCUAAAAGCAUACCUGACGAAGACUCCACAGGCCAUCGUCGCCGGCGGACACCUUCAGGGCGUCCUCGGGGUAUUCCAGAAGCUCGUGUCGAACAAAGCGCAGGAUCAUCAGGGCUUCUACAUCUUGAACUCCUUCGUGGAGUCGCUCGCGCUCGAGGCGUGGGGACAAUUUCUCCCCACGAUUUGGAGCAUAUUAUUUCAGCGCCAACAAACUAGCCGCACGCCCAAGUUUAGCAGAUGCUUGGUCGUCUUUACGUCGGCGCUAUGCGUCAAGCACGGUCCCGCGAGCGUGUCUGACAGCGUGAAUAAGGUCCAACCGGGCAUCUUUGACAUGAUUCUGGACAACGUCGUCGCAGCCGAGAUCGCUGGUGUCACGGGUAAGCUCGAGCGCAAGCUCACGUGCGUCGCCGCGCUGAAGUUUGCGACGGAGCUCCCGGCGACCAUCGACCGUCCGGGUGCGUUCGCCAAACUCGUCGCCGGUAUCCUUGCCCAGUGCUUGAAGCCCGACGACGUAGAGAACGACGCCGCGAAUGACGACGCUUUGCUUGAAGAGAUGGAGGUCAACGCUGGAUACGCCGCGUCGUACUCCAAGCUCACCCAAGCCGCUCUCAAGGAGACGGAUCCCGUCCCGGACGUUCCGGACGUCCGCCUCCACGUCGCCAAGACGCUCGCCACCUUCUCCGCGCAGCGUCCCAUCGCCGCCAUCAUCGCCACCGUUCCCGUGGAGGCCCAGCAGGCGUUAUCGGAAUACUGUGCCCGCGCCGGCGUCGGUCUCAACUAG